ACUCGCUUUGCGAGUUUGAAAUUGCCACUGGUACAGCAUUAUCUCUAAUGAUUAAUAUCGGUCCUUAAAUGCUUAGCGGGCAGGAAACGCAGUUUUCUUGCACAGUUGCAUCCAACAACUUAACUGCUUUUCCUCUCCUCAAUCUUCAUUCUGCCUGGUAUUUUUCUUCUCACAGAAAAAGAAGCUGAGUUUGGUUGAUGGGUAUGGUUGCUGAUAGGAAAACUAGUGGUAGGAAUGGUGAAGGAAGGUAUUCAUGGGGUUUUGGAAGUUUGAUUAGGAGAAAGCAGGUUGAUUCAGUUCAUUUGAGGAGAGAAGGUCAUACUCAAUUGGCCAGGAAAUUGUCUGCUGUGGACCUCGUUGCCAUUGGAGUUGGAGCAACCAUAGGAGCUGGAGUAUAUAUUCUUGUUGGAACGGUUGCUAGAGAACACUCAGGACCUGCGCUUACUAUUUCAUUCCUAAUUGCUGGAAUAGCUGCUGCACUCUCAGCAUUUUGUUAUGCAGAGCUUGCAUGUCGUUGCCCAUCUGCUGGGAGUGCCUAUCAUUAUACGUACAUAUGUGUUGGAGAAGGGUUUGCUUGGUUGGUUGGUUGGGCUCUGAUUCUGGAAUAUACAAUUGGUAGUUCAGCUGUUGCUCGUGGCAUAACCCCAAAUCUGGCCUUGUUUUUUGGAGGGGAGGAAAAACUUCCUGCUUUCUUGGCCCGUCAUACUAUCCCUGGGCUUGGUAUUGUGGUUGAUCCAUGUGCAGCAGUGUUAAUUCUUAUUGUCACAGUGCUUUUGUGCAUUGGAAUAAAGGAGAGUACAUUGGCACAAACCAUUGUUACAACAGUAAAUGUCAGUGCAUUGCUUUUCAUCAUAAUAGCUGGUGGAUAUUUAGGUUUCAAAACUGGAUGGAUUGGAUAUGAAAUUCCCAGCGGGUACUUUACAUUUGGGGUCAAUGGGAUGUUCACUGGGUCUGCAAUAGUCUUCUUUUCAUAUAUUGGUUUCGAUUCAGUUUCCAGCACAGCUGAGGAGGUGAAGAAUCCUCAAAGUGAUUUGCCCCUUGGUAUAGCAUUGGCAUUGUCGAUAUGUUGCAUUUUGUAUAUGCUUGUAUCUGUCGUUAUUGUUGGUUUAGUACCUUAUUAUGACUUGGAUCCGGACACACCUAUCUCCUCAGCAUUUGCAAGCUAUGGGGUGCAAUGGGCAGUGUACAUAAUAACAGCUGGAGCAGUUACUGCUCUGUGUUCAAGUUUGUUGGGUUCACUUCUUCCUCAGCCACGAGUUCUGAUGGCAAUGGCUAGAGAUGGAUUGUUGCCAUCGUUCUUUUCAGACAUUAAUGAAUGGACCCUGGUUCCAGUGAAGAGCACCAUUACAACUGGUGUCUUUGCAGCAGUUCUGGCAUUCUUUAUGGAUGUUUCACAAUUGGCAGGGAUGGUUAGUGUGGGUACACUGCUUGCAUUUACCACUGUCGCGGUUUCAGUUUUGAUACUUAGAUAUGUUCCACCGGAUGAGGUGCCACUUCCAUCAUCACUUCAAAAGUCCAUUGACUCAAUGUCAUCAAGGUGCAGUGAUAACAUUCAGGAAAUCAACGACAAUAAUCUUAAAGAUCUUGCUGGUUCUUUUGGGAGCAAAGGGGAUGCAUUACUUAGAAAUCCUCUAAUUGAAAAGGGGGUAGUAGCUCAAGAUGUUCAGAAGGAACAAAUGAGGCGGAAAAUUGCUGCUUGGACUAUAACCCUUUUAUGUACAGGCGUUCUUAUCCUUGCUUCUUCAGCUUCAGCUGAAUUCCUUCCCAGCAUUCUUCGCUUCACAUUAUGUGGAGUUGGUGGAGUUCUUCUGUUGUGCAGUUUGAUUGUGCUCGCCUGUAUAGAGCAAGAUGAUGCGAGGCAUGGCUUUGGACAUACAGGAGGUUUCAUUUGCCCGUUUGUUCCGUUCCUACCUGCUGCAUGCAUUCUUGUAAACACAUAUUUACUAAUUGACCUUGGUGCUGCAACAUGGAUACGAGUUUCAGUAUGGUUGGUAAUAGGAGCACUGGUGUAUAUAUUUUACAGCCGGAAACACAGCUCUCUGUUAAAUGCAGUCUAUGUCCCGUCAGCUUAUGCUAAUGAGAUCUAUCGUAGCUCAUCAGCUUCAGUGGCAUAGUCUGUGCAUGUAUUAGUCACCUUACUGUGGCCCUCAGCUAAGCCAAACCCCAUUCUUACAGAAAGCAUUAUCAGAUUGUGUUUCACAAUCACUCUUAUUGUUUUUAAUGAUAUAAAACCUUUUAUUAUGUAACAGAGGCUGUCUGAACCAAAGAUCAGUCUCACGUUUGUAUGUUAAUAUUCUUGGGUUAGCAUAGGGGCCUUUAAAACUGCUUGUUCACAAACAUGUAAAGUAAUAAUUAUUUCUCUUGAUAUAAUUUGCAAUGACAUGGUCACAUGAGGCUUACCAA